AUGCAGAGCGGGCCCGGCAAAGAGGAGAACGCCCUUGGCCGCCGUUGGCACUUCGACAUGUGGCGCGACUACAUGGAGCUGGCGCCUCUGAUGGAGCAACUGUGCAGACGGGCGGACCCCGCCGGUCCCGAGCGUCACCAGCCAGGCCAGCAGAGGCAGCAGCAGCAGCGCGCCUCUGGAUCUCUCAGCCCGAGCCCCGCCAGCAGCGCCUCGGACACCGCCGGCCGGGCAGCCGAGGACAGCGGCUCCGCCUUCUGCGCGCAGAACGGCGAGGCGCCGGAGGUGUGCCGCUCCCACCGGCUGAAGACCAAGUUCGGCAAGGUCGUCUGCCCCAUCCUGAGGAAGUAUGUGUGCCCGAUCUGCGGAGCCACUGGCGACCAGGCUCACACGCGUCACUACUGCCUAUCGUGCAGCGCGUCAGAACCCACGCUGCUCUGA